AUGAAGACGGGGGAUGCUAAGAACGCGACAGCGCUGGCCGAGUGGACGAACGAAGACGUUGCCAGCAUCAUCAGCAUUAUCUUCGAAGGGGAGGGGGUGGAGGGAGCCGGUCGGUGGGCGGGAACUCGCAUGCCGGCGGACAUGAAGAAGCAGGAGAUGGAGGCGGUGAGGGCAACUCUCGGCGUGAUGAUCAGGGACUCAAAGAGCAACCGCAAAGCGAACGACCAGGCAAAGGCGUCUACUAGUGGGACGGGGCAUACGCCGAAGAAGCAGAAGCAGAAGGCGGCCGCAAAUCACUGCGAGUACGAAGAGGCUGGAUGCCCGGUAUACCUCUGCGUCUCGGUCAACUCUCGAGCCAUGCCCACGACAACCUUCAAAUGCCAGGGCGACCACUUCCUCUCCGUCGACGACCACACUGCCUUCGAAAACCACGACGAAGCAAAGAUCACUGGCGAGCUGUUCUGGGCGUACGACAACCAGAAUUCCAAAUGGGCGACGGCGGAGAACACGAAGCUCCUCGUCUUCUACAUGCGUGUUCAGGUUUACUGGGACAUGACGGCGAGCGAGACGGAGAAAAGGCAGAUUCAGACCUACAAGAGGCAACUGUUACCGAACAACGACAUCGUCUCACUCCGCCUUGUGAGAGCAGGCCAACCUUCUCCACAGCUCCGCCGAAGCAUACAACAAGACCGCUGGCGUCACGAACGAGACACUGCCGGUUGGCGUGACUCCGUUGAUCACGAUCGCAGCGCUGGAAGCCGAGAGUGGGCCACCACGGAAAACACCAAGCUGCUCGUGUUCCAGAUGCGUGUCCAGGUCUACUGGGACAUGACGGCCAGCGACAACGAGAAGAGACAGGUUUCAAGCGUACAAGCCGCACCUCCUUCCCGACAACAACCUCCUCACCAUGCGGCUGGCGCCGCAGACGAGACACAGCCGGUAGAGAGAGCUCUCCUGAUCACACCGUGA